UAGGUCAGAAGUAUGUAUAUAUUUAGGGUGCAUCGGUUCAAGAGUCAGAAUACUCCGGAUUCGAGUUGAAGUCCUUUUUACCUGAGAACUACUGCAAACCUAAGAAAAUGAGGAUUCAAAUUGCGUUGCUGGUCUUUGCAUUUGUGGCUGUGAUCAAUGCAGCACCACUAUACCAAGAGGUAGAGCUAAAGCUGGACGCAGCCACAGAGGCCGCGUUAAAGAAAGCACUGGCAAGUGUGAAGGCCGAUUCCUUUGCAGAGGAAGAGCCGAAGCUGGAUGCUGCCACAGAGGCCGCAUUAAAGAAAGCACUGGCAAGUGUGAAGGCCGAUUCCUUUGCAGAGGAAGAGCCGAAGCUGGAUGCUGCCACAGAGGCCGCGUUAAAGAAAGCACUGGCAAGUGUGAAGGCCGAUGCCUUUGCAGAGGAAGAGCCGAAGCUGGAUGCUGCCACAGAGGCCGCGUUAAAGAAAGCACUGGCAAGUGUGAAGGCCGAUUCCUUUGCAGAGGAAGAGCCGAAGCUGGAUGCUGCCACAGAGGCCGCGUUAAAGAAAGCACUGGCAAGUGUGAAGGCCGAUUCCUUUGCAGAGGAAGAGCCGAAGCUGGAUGCUGCCACAGAGGCCGCGUUAAAGAAAGCACUGGCAAGUGUGAAGGCCGAUUCCUUUGCAGAGGAAGAGCCGAAGCUGGAUGCUGCCACAGAGGCCGCGUUAAAGAAAGCACUGGCAAGUGUGAAGGCCGAUUCCUUUGCAGAGGAAGAGCCGAAGCUGGAUGCUGCCACAGAGGCCGCGUUAAAGAAAGCACUGGCAAGUGUGAAGGCCGAUGCCGCUGCAGAGGAGCUGCCAAAACUUGACGCUGCCACAGAGGCCGAGUUAAAGAAAGCACUGGCAAGUGUGAAGGCCGAUUCCUUUGCAGAGGCAGAGCCAAAGCUGGAUGCUGCCACAGAGGCCGCGUUAAAGAAAGCACUGGCAAGUGUGAAGGGCGAUGCCGCUGCAGAGGAGCUACCAAAACUUGAUGCUGCCACAGAGGCCGAGUUAAAGAAAGCACUGGCAAGUGUGAAGGCUUGAUACUGUUGAAAAGGACCCAGCUGAAGAGGACACUUGUGAAGAUGAGAAGGUCAUAAAGAAUAAAUCAAUUUAAAAUGGAACAAGGAUGUUUUAUGUUUUGUGGCUUAAAGUUAGUGUGCAGAUGGUACUUUUUCCAUUGAUGUUACUUUUUAAAUACUCAACACCUGAACUUCAGCAAUACGGGUAUCGUUAUGAUCAUCACAUUCUGCACAAUAAAUAGUAUUU